AUGACGCCCAAGACGCUGCACCACGUGGCGCUGGUGGGCGAGAAGGGCGGCGGCGGCGUGACGAUCACGGCGGCGCAUUACGCGGGCGAGGACGGCGCGGAGGUCGCGAUGAACACGGAGGAGAGCAGCACGUUCAAGCUGUGGGCCACGGAUUUCCUAGUGCAGCACAUCACCUUCGAGAACAGCCAUGGCCCCGGGAAGAAGGGCGGCAAGGAGGACCAAGCGGUGGCGCUGAUGGUCAAAGGCACGCGCAUCCAGUUUUACGAGUGCACCUUCCUCGGCUAUCAGGUGCUGCUAGCUGAGCCUUCUCUCUCCUUUGCCCCUCCUUCCCUCUUUGCCUCUGUCUCCCCCGCCGUCUCCCCCGCUGCCUCCCCCGCUGUCUCCCGCCAGGACACCUUGUACGCGCACAGCGGACUCCAGUACUACAAGAACUGCAUCAUCCAGGGUCGCAUGGAUUUCGUAUUCGGCAAUGCCAAGGCGGUCUUCGACGACUGCAUUUUCCGCCUCGUCUACUGGGGCGGCGCGUACUUUGCGCAGGCGCGCGCCGCGGGCGAGGAGACCGGGUUCGUCAUUCGCGGGGGGGUUCUCACACCGUACGGCAGCGAACAGCCGAUCCGCCCGGGUUACCUCGCGCGCUCCUGGGGCGACUACUCAACGGUCGUUUUCGCGAACACGUUUUUCGCGAAGGACGCGGUGCGGGAGGAGGGGUGGGGGUUCGUGAGCGGGUACACAAAAACGGAAUCACUCACCUUUGGAGUGUACAACGUCAGAGGUCCCGGGUUCAAUACCUCGGGAUGGCCAAAACACGCCAAGAUAAUGACUGCAGCGGAAAUCCAGCCGUAUCUUGCGAACGACUAUAUCAACGAUAUUGGAUGGAUUGUAGAUCCCGGGGUUCUGUUGAGGGGAGUGGGGGACGCGCUGAAUCCGCGCACGGUCAGCGCCAUGUGGGGCGCGGGGAACUCGAGGCAGCGGAAGGGCAAGGGGAAGAAGCGCAAGGAGAGGGGGACCGGCGGAGCGGAUGACGGGGGAGGUGGCAAGGACAGCGGCAGCAAAGGCGGCAGCGGCGGCAGUUCGAAGCAGCCUAGAAAGCCCCCUUCCCCGUCCCCCACUCCUACUCCCUCUCCUUCUCCCACUCCUCUGCCGUCUUCCCCUUCCCCAUCCCCCAAACAACCUGCGGCGCCCGUUCCGCCCCGCAACCCCCGCGUUCCGCCGAAGACCCCACGGCCGACCACACCAGUGCCUACUAAGCCGGCACCUAAACCAGUGGUACCCAAGCCGACUCCUAAGCUGCCGCCCAAGCCUGCUACUCCCGCGCCCAAAGUCCCUGUAACGAAGGUGCCUGUAACGAAGCCUCCUGUGACCAAGGUGCCUGUAACGAAGCCUCCCGUAACGAAGGCCCCAGUACCAAAGGUGCCCGUGGCGAAGGCACCUGUGCCCAAUGCGCCUGCCACCAAGCCUCCAAUCACAAAGGUGCCUGUAACGAAGCCUCCUGUAGCGAAGGCCCCAGUACCAAAGGUGCCUGCGAAGGUACCUGUGCCCAAUACGCCUGUCACCAAGCCUCCUGCUGCAAAGGUGCCUGUAACGAAGCCUCCUGUAGCGAAGGUUCCUGUCACCAAGCCUCCUGUUGCGAAGGUGCCUGUAACGAAGGCCCCAGUACCGAAGGUGCCUGUAAGCAGCCCAGGGGCGAUGCCCAAGUCCCCAGUCAGUAAGCCCCUGCCUCUGCCUGCAAAAACCCCCGGUGCGACCCCUGCUACUCCAGCCGUUCCCAUCCCUGCCAGACCCCUUCCCAAGCCUGUUCCCAAACCUGUCACCAAGCCUGUAACCAAACCUGUCACCAAGCCUGUCACCAAGCCUGUCACCAAGCCUGUGACCCAACCCACCGUGACCCGACCCCUUACCCGGCCCAGGGUGCCAGUCCCUGCAACAACUGUACCCCCCACCCUUGCGCAGCGUCCGCGUGUAACACCCCCUCCGGUAACCACCACCACCCCUGUGACAGGGAGCCUUCCCAGCAGGACAGCCCCCGGUGCUGCUGUACGCGUGCCCCCAAGGCCUGCUGCUGUCGUGCCCCCAAGGCCUGCUGCUGUCGUGCCCCCAAGGCCUGCUGCUGUCGUGCCCCCAAGGCCUGCUGCUGUCGUGCCCCCAAGGCCUGCUGCUGCUGUGGUUCCCCCAAGGCGGCCAGCGGCUGUUCCGCAAAGACCGACGGCUGUGAUUCCUCCAAGGCCCGCUGCUGCUGUUCCCCCAAGGCCCACUGCUGUCCCCCCGAGACCCACUGUUGUCCCCCCGAGACCCACUGUUGUCCCCCCGAAACCCACUGUUGUCCCCCCGAGACCCACUGUUGUCCCCCCGAGACCCACUGUUGUCCCCCCGAAACCCACUGUUGUCCCCCCGAAACCCACUGUUGUCCCGUCAAGGCCUGCUGCUGUGGUUCCCAGAAGACCCACUGCUGUGGUUCCCCAAAGGCCCGCUACUGUUGUUGUUCCCCCUAGGCCCGCUGCUGCUGUACCGGCACAGAAGCCUGCUGCAGUGAUUGUACCGCUGAGGAGGAGAAGGCAACCUGUAGCUGUGACACCUCCUGUCCGCAGACCAGUUGUGGCCCACCCUGCCGCCCCUUUGACUAGAACGCCCGCUGCUGCUCCCACGCGCACAGCACCGGCUGCUGCUGCGGCUACUACUGCUGCUGUUGAUGGCGGCAAUGGGACGCCCCUGAACAACGAGGAGCAGCUUCGGGCGUGGGAGAUUCAACAGCAACGGUGGCAGCAGCAGCAGCAGCAGCAGCAGCAGCAGGAGAGGAGGUGGGAUCAGCAGCAGAAGAAGCGAAGACAGUGGCGCAGGAGACGGCAGCAGCAGGCUGGCGCAUCUGCAGCAAGAGCAGCAGCAAGGGGAGGAAUAGGAGGAGGUGCUGGUGGUACUGGUACUGCUGCUGCUGCUGCUGCUGCUGCUGCUGGUUUUGGUGCAGGCGCACGGGUGAAGAUUGGAGGCAAGGCAGCGGUGAGGGGGAGAGGGAUGAAUCCUCAAUGGCGAAAGGUGUUGAGGAGAUGGGGCAGAAUAGGCGUAUGA